AUGUCUUCUAAACAAAUACCUCAAAGUAUGCUGAAGCUGUGGAACAAGUACAGAGUCUCCAACAUUCCUUCCCUGAUAUUUAUCGAUGCCUCCACUGGGAAGGUGGUUUGCAGAAAUGGCCUCCUGGUAAUCCGAGAUGACCCAGAAGGUCUGGAGUUCCCCUGGGGGCCAAAACCCUUCAGUGAAGUUGUUGCUGGGCCUCUGCUAAGGAACAAUGGCCAGACACUAGACAGCAGUGCCCUGGAGGGCUCGCACGUUGGGGUCUACUUCUCUGCACAUUGGUGCCCGCCGUGCCGCAGCCUCACCAGGGUCCUGGUGGAGUCCUACCGGAAAAUCAAGGAAGCAGGGCAGAAGUUUGAGAUACUCUUCGUUAGUGCAGACAGGUCAGAGGACUCGUUCAAGCAGUACUUCAGUGAGAUGCCCUGGGUGGCUGUGCCCUACGCUGACGAGGCCCGACGGUCGCGCCUGAACCGACUCUACGGGAUCCAAGGCAUCCCGACUCUCAUUGUGCUGGACCCCCAGGGAGAAGUGAUCACACGGCAGGGGCGGGUGGAGGUGCUGAACGACGUUGAGUGCCGCGAGUUCCCCUGGCACCCCAAGCCCGUGCUGGAGCUGACGGACUCCAAUGCUGUGCAGCUGAACGAGGGCCCCUGCCUCGUCCUCUUCGUAGAUUCAGAGGAUGAUGGAGAGUCGGAGGCAGCGAAACAACUGAUCCAGCCCAUAGCUGAAAAAAUCAUUGCCAAGUACAAAGCCAAAGAGGAGGAGGCACCGCUGCUCUUCUUCGUGGCGGGCGAGGAUGACAUGACUGACUCCCUGCGGGAUUACACCAACCUGCCCGAGGCUGCUCCCCUGCUCACCAUCCUGGACAUGUCAGCCCGGGCCAAGUACGUGAUGGAUGUGGAGGAGAUCACGCCCGAGAUCGUGGAAGCUUUUGUCAGCGACUUUCUAGCAGACAAGCUAAAACCCGAGCCCAUCUAAGGGGGCUUCUGCACCAACAGACGUUAUUUAAAAAUAGGUCUCUCUUCCGUGGAUUCUCCAGCGUGUCCUCACGCCCAACCCAGUAUCCAACCUUCUUGUGGUGCCUUGUUUUACGCAGUGAAUCCUUCUCCUAAGCAAGCUCCUUGAGAUGCACUUCCAGCAGGGAGUCGUUGGCGUUUGGAGACUGCGCUUGUGCUUCAUGGUGAUAUAUUCUCUAAUACUCCGGCCAGAACUGUUACUGUAUCGUUAUUUUAUACAUGACACUAGCUAGCAGGCAGAUCUUUUUGCAUGGUGUUCUUCCCAACGUUCUGCAUCAGGCAGUGGAUGGGGCUCUCGGGGCUUUUUCUUUUGUCCUUCUCCCCCUUCUUUCCUUUCCUGCCACCCCUGCUGACUAAAUGACUUUAAGGAAGCAAUAAGGAAAUUGUUCCCUCUGCCCCUGACCCAUCCUUCUUUCCUGAGUACCGGUGCCCUGACGAGGCCAAGACAAAGUCUUAACUGCUGACAACCUCUGAAAGCCCA